AUGAAUCCGUUGGAGCAACAGUUUGAAUUAGAAAGUCUAAGAACAAGUCUUGAAGAGGCCAAAUUUUUGCUCUCCAAGAAAGAAUCCGAGAUGGUCCAACUGCGUACAGAUUUCGAGACGAAACUCCGGAUUGCAUCAUCGAGGUUAAAUUCUUUGCAGGAGCAGUACGACCUCCUUCUGGCCGAUUACCAUCGUUUGGUCAAGUUGAAUCAUGAAUUAGAAGAUCGGCUGUUGAGUACGCUUGAAACUGUAACCUUGGAAACCACGAUGCUUUCGAAAGAACUUGAAAGCACAACUCACCAACUGAAGAAUUGUGAAAACGAACUAUCAGCUGUUGUCGCCGAACGAGAUCGACUGAAGGAGGAUUGUUCAACGGCCGUCAGCCUCUUGCAAGCGAACCCGAGUCACUUUGUCCCUGCUUCCAAGGUCCGCAAUAAUGCUCAUUCUUCGUCAUACGAUGCACUGAGUCAUCAUCAACCCCUGUCCCUAUCUCCGGCCUUUUUGCCCACCUUUCCUCCAGUUGGCCUUUCCUCUGCCUUCCAUGUGGAUUCCCACCGCGAUCAAAAUAGAACGGAUUGGUUCCAGCCGAAUAAAAGUAACCCCUCAAGUCGCUGA